AUGGCUCAGCCUCAAAGCCAAAACAAAUUGCUCUAUCUAAACGCAGGCGAUGACAGAACUUUUUGUAUUUUAGAUACGCCUCCACCACCAUACGAUGGGGGCACAGAUGGCCCUAGAGACGCCUCCAGGGAAACCACCGCAGAAGCCUCCACAUCAGUCACUCCAAGGGCUUCCGAGGAUUUAUACCGCGACUACGAUCCUUACGACGAUUAUGACGAGAACGCUCAUCUUCUAGACGCAGACGUGGACGACGAUCGAUCCACUUGGAAGAGGUACUGGUCUGGUACUUUAAAUCCCUAUCAGUGGAAAGCCCUCCUACAUCUUUCUCUCAUUUCCUUCCCGCUCGCUUUAUUUGCGUGGAUUUUCUGCUUCGUCGGGAGCGUCAUCACUGCCAGCCUUCUCAUCACACUCCCAAUCGGUUUGGGUUUUGGCUGGGUCGUUCUCGUCGGUGCACGCGCAAUGGCUCGUUUUGAACUUGUCAUCCAGAAUCACUUUUAUCCAUCCACUACGCAGCUACUCCGAAAAAGACCAAUAUUCCAGCGUAUUCGCCGCGUUAGACCGUUUGGUCACGUCGAAUACGAAUCUUCCUUUUAUACCAACAGCUUGGCUAUGUUUCAAGACUCAUACAGCUACAGAUCUGUCUUAUAUUUCCUCUGCUUCAGACCCCCUAUCGCUCUCUUACUACUCAUAGUCUCAGCUACUAUUGUUCCCCUCUCCAUCAUUCUAAUCAUCCCUCUUCCCGUUUUACUGAGAUUAGCAACUGCUUUCGGCUAUUGGCAGGCCAAAUACGCAAGAGAUGUACUCCAUUAA